UUUUUGAAAUUUAGAUGCUUUCUAAAUAUUAUGUGAUAAUACAAUAAUGAUGUACUAUUACAAAUAUAUUUUUCUUCAAUCAUGUGUGUUAUUAAAUAUCUAUUUUAAUGGAUUCUAUAGGUUUUAGAAUCACAUGUAGUGUUCGCUUUUACACUUUUAGAGUAUCAAACACAUUACCUUAAUAUUAUAAGAUGAAGCAAACAUCGCAGUUUGGUACGAUGAUCUCGUCUAGAAAUGUACAUCCUUAUCAAACAACGGUAGUUCCUCGCAGUGAACAACAGUUUGCGACAGCAUCGCGAAUAAGAGCAAAAUUUCCAUGGGCAGAAGAUGUAAACACGCCAGCUAUAGGUCCAACUACUGAUCGAUCCACACCUGAACACCUCUACCAUGUACCUCAAUAUAAAGAGACUGGGCUCAGUUCACCAGUUUAUCAUACCCCAUAUGGUACUACCAUGUGGAGUAACGUAAGGAGAGGGGAUAUGAUGAUGGCAACAAAUACCUACACAUUUCCCACAUGCGCCUCUUCAUUAUCUCUACACCCACCAGAGCUAAAUCAAGUAAUAGAACAGAUACCUUCAUUGCCAUCAGCCAGCCCAGAAGUGCCAAUUAUUGGAGCAUGCGGUGGACAUUGCCCUGGAUUUGAAUAUGUUUGCUAUUAUAUUUUACAGGUUAUCUUUGUAGUGGGUAUUCUGACUGGAAUUUCACUGUGUAUUGCUGGUAUAGUCUUAAGAAGAACAAAUCGUAAUGGAGACCUAGGAGUUUUAGUAUAUAUUGGUUGUCUAUCAUCUUGUGUCUGUGGAGUGUUACUUGGAGUGCAAUGUUGUGUUCGAAGAGAGAUAAGACAGCGGAAACUAAGGACUAACAUGCACAUUCCAAUGCAUUCAAUUCAGGAAGUACCUGCACCGGCUUUCCCCUUAAUGCCGUCCACAAUACCUCGUAGCCAAAUUUAUAGACCUACUACUUCAUCAAUAUCCCAAGAGGAUGAAAUUUUAGGAGUUCCUUGGUGGCGUCGCACAAACGGAGACUGAUUAGUUGUAUUUUUAUAUUAUUUAUCACUAUGGCAUGUGUAACUGUACUUUUUCUAAGUAUUUACUUUAAUAAAAAUAAAUUUGGAGUACGUGAUUUUA